CUUGUCGUGCGUCGUCGUCGCUAGCGAAUCGCGCGCGUUUUUGUAGCGUUUUAUUGUCAGUGUGUGUGCUUACAACUGCUGACGCAAGUGUUAAUUUUAACUGAAUAUUUCGAUAUAAUUCGAUUGCGUUUGGAUUGCAUCACGGCACCAGAAUGAAGAUGCAACUUCGACUAUUGUGCCUCGUUCUCGGCGCUCUGGCCGUCCAUGGCUACAGUCCAUAUUCAGGAGAUAGACAUCUGCAGGAUCUGAGCAAUGACGUUCAUCCGGGUUAUGACUAUCCCCAACCGAAAGUGCCCUUUUCGGAUGGAUACUCCUAUCCACGCCCGUCGGUACCAUUCCCACCUGCUCCACCGCCAAGUCGAGGAUAUGAUUACCCCAAGCCGGCUGUACCCUUUCCACCGCCAACAAGUGCACCAUUGCCAAAGGUAGUUCCUACCUCCGGAUAUUCCUAUCCACGUCCAGCGGUACCUUUUCCACCGCAGCAACCGAAGUACAUUCCGCCGCCGCAGCAGGUCAUUCCAGCUCAACCGAAGUAUCUGCCCCCAGUGCAGCCAAGCAAGGGUUAUGAUUAUCCCAAGCCAGCUAUACCAUUCCCAGCACCGUCCUUGCCUCCAGUUGUGAAGCCAACUCCACCGCCACAACCUAGGCCAAGUGGAUACGAUUAUCCGAAGCCUGUCAUUCCAUUCCCACCUCCUGUAAAGCCAACAAACCCACCUCAACCCAAAUAUCUGCCGCCUGUGAAGCCUACAAGUCCACCUCAGCCUAAGUAUCUACCACCCAGUCCUCCUCAGCCAAAAGGAUAUGAUUAUCCCAAGCCAUCAGUUCCAUUCCCACCUCCAAUUGUACCGAAGAUCCAACCUCAGCCACAAUACCUGCCACCUGUGAAGCCUACAAGCCCACCUCAACCUAAGUAUCUACCACCUGUUAUUCCCACCAACCCACCGCAGCCUAAGGGAUAUGAUUAUCCGAAGCCCUCUGUACCAUUCCCACCACCGGUUGCGCCGAAGAUUUCACCUCAACCACAGUACUUGCCUCCUCCAAAGCCUACAAACCCAGCACAGCCUAAAGGAUAUGAUUACCCUAAGCCAGCAAUACCAUUCCCAGCUCCUGUGAAACCAACAAAUCCACCUCAGCCACAAUACUUGCCUCCUGUGAAGCCAACAAGCCCACCUCAGCCUAAAUAUUUACCCCCCGUACAGCCAACAAUUCCACCUAAGCCCAAAGGAUAUGAUUACCCAAAGCCAUCAGUCCCAUACCCACCCCCAGUUGUACCGAAGAUCCAACCACAACCUCAAUACUUGCCUCCUGUUAAGCCCACAAGCCCACCCCAACCCAAAUAUCUACCUCCUCCACAGCCCAAACAUCAAGGAUAUGAUUAUCCCAAGCCAGCCGUACCAUUCCCACCUCCAACCAAUCCACCACAGCCCAAAUACUUGCCUCCAGUGAGACCAACCAGCCCACCUCAACCUAAAUACUUACCACCGGUACAGCCGACACGUGGAUAUGACUAUCCUAAGCCUGCAAUUCCAUUCCCACAUCCACCUGCUCCGACCAGUCCACCUCAACCAAAGGGAUACGAUUAUCCCAAGCCAUCAAUUCCAUUCCCACAUCCGCCUGCUCCGACCAGUUACCUGCCACCUCCAGCUCCUGAGCCUAAGAGCGAUGGAUACUCGUACCCAAAGCCGGCAAUCGCCUUCAACUUCUAGGCUCAUUCCUUGCCCCUUGUCAUCACCAACUAAUUGACACGAUUGCCUCUCCGUGCCCAUAGGAACUUACGAUAUUGAAUAAUUGUAAAUUAAUUGAUAAUUAUAAAUUUAUUUAAUAUUUAAUAUAAAUGAUGUGUAACCGAGUCCACAUGUGUGGGUUCUGCAAUCGAAUUUUAGUCAUUAAAAUAUGUUUAUACAAUUUAUAAUUGCGCAAUACUGCCGAAAUAAAACGAACGAUGUGAAUUCUA